AUGGCCGAACGAUGCAGCGUUCCACCGAAAAUAUUUAUGUUUAUUUUUGAGUUUUGUAAAUGAAAAACUUAUUAAUGGCGUAAAAUAUAAGUUUUAUUGAGAUAAGUAUUUAAAAUGGAAGUGUCUCAGCAGAAAAUUUGUCAUGGGUGUCUUAUUGCAGACCGAAAACUUACGGUUCUAAACAAUGAUAUAAAAAAACAAUGUUUUUUGCAAAUAAUUAAUGAACCGUCGGUUCCUCAAGAAUCCUCUGUAUUACUAUGCUGGGAAUGUGAGGCACUCGUCAGAAAAUUUAACAGAUUCAAGACGCAGGCACAGAUCAACCAUAAAAAACUUAAAAAAUAUGGUUCAAAGCCAGUACCAAAUAAAGGCAUAUCAAAUCUGCAUACACACAAACUCUUUAACAUCCACAUACCAGCAACUUCUGAAAACACAAACUUCACAGAAUAUGAAGUUAUAAAAACAGAAGAAUAUAACAUUGGUGGAAUAAAAGAAGAAUUAGACAACGGUGACGGUGACGAUUAUGCGGAUAAUACUGCUUUGGACUUCCUUGAUUGUGUGUACGAUGUUGAUAUUGAAAAGAAGAAAGAUUUAAAACAAGAAACAGAGAUUGUUAUUGAGAAGAAUGAGGAUAAAGUUGACAAAACAGUCUCAAAGGCGGAAGAGUGCACGUACAGAGUAAUAGAGUUGACAGAGAAAGACAUAGAGAAAGAGAGAGGAUCGCUCCGGUCAGAAGAAGAUUAUGUCAAUGCGUUGUUUCGAUGCGAGCAAUGCAUACUAUCUUUUCCAAAUUCCGACGAUUUGAAAGAUCAUAUUCGGAUAAAACACGAAACGCAUUCACACUUAAAGUGCAAGAUUUGCGAGUGCACUUUCGGUACUGAGGUGACCUAUAACUACCAUAUGAACAAGCAUAUAUACCGCUACGAGUGUGUGGUGUGCGCCGGACGGUUCCCGAGCUGCAGGAAGGCUGCCACGCACUUUGAAGUCACACAUAUGAUACGAUCCAACUUAGAAUACGAAAAUUUAAAAAAAGGGAAAGUGCAGAAAUUGCAAACUGGAAUUGAUGAAAGUACAAAACAAGCCCCGUCGUUCCCGUGUGAGUUCUGCGACAAAACCUUCAAAUGGAAGACAUCACUAACCAAACAUUUAGAAGCUCAUAAGGUGAAGAGCGGACAGAAACGACAGCCCUACUGCGAACCUUGCAAACUAUCGUUUACAACUACAUCGAGCCUUCAAAAACAUUUGAAAAAAAGUUCCAAACACCAAAUACAACUGAGAUUGAGGAAGUUAAAAUCCCAGCCGGAGACCACCAGCCCGGAGCGGCUCGAAGGCAUCAAGUCGUCGGUGAACGUCGGCCGGGACGUGUUCCCCUGCCAGCAGUGCGGCGCCCGCUUCCAGUACCGGGGCAACCUGCUGCGCCACCACAACAACCACCGCGCCAAAGCCAAAGGUGACCUGGUGUGCGAACCGUGUAACCGUACCUUCUCAUCCAUCGCGACGUAUAAACAACACUUUGAGAUCAGCAAAAAACAUGUCUCCGAGAACGACUUUAAGUACAUGUGUAGUGACUGUGGGAAGCGGUUCCCUCACAAGCGCAGCCUGCGCGACCACGUCGACUGGGAGCAUCUUAAGAACUUUGUCAACAAGUGCCCUGACUGUCAGAAGGUGUUCAAAAGCAAAGCGACUUUAUACCUCCACAAACGAGUCGUCCAUCAGAAAAAUGUCACGGAGUACCUGUGCGACCACUGUGGGAAGGCUUAUACUAACCGUUCAAAACUGAAGAACCACAUAAACGCUCAGCAUACGUCCGAGACGCCGUACGCAUGCGCGUCAUGCAAUGCGCGCUUCAGUUGGUCCUCCUGCUUGUCGAGACACGUUAGACGCGUGCACCACAGGGCCAAGGACAAACUUGACAAUGACUCUGUACCAGUAUAGAUUCCACCGGCCAAGUGGUCUUCUUCAGAAUAAAGAAUAAUACUACGUAUAGAACGGUAACUCUCCGCUCCCCACCAGCGGCUGAGCUAGGUUUACCUCACCCCCUCGGUCUUACUUUAGUCUUCAAUCGUAUGGCGUCAGGCGUCACACACACAGAUGCGCGUGUACGAUAACGUCAAUGUGUAGUGUCUGUGUAAAACGAGGUGUUUUGUAUGAAGUGUCUUGGGUGUGACUCGGCUAAAAAUAAUAUUAAUUAUAUUUGAAAUAAGCGUAAUUAUGGAUCUCAAUUAUUUUAUUCUCAAUAUUUUAGACAUAUGUUUUUUAAUAUUUUUUUAUAUACUAACAGGGUGUUAGUGACAUCGUAACGAAUACUGAGGGGGAUGAUUCAGACCAAGAUUCUGAGUUGAUAUCAAGUGGAAUUUUCCGUCGCAAAAUUCAUG